AUGAAGCGAAAGGAACAGCAAUCCACAUUAAGGAGAAGGAAGAAAGCAAAAAUUGGUAGUGGUGAGAAGAAUGAUGAAGACAGACUUAGCAGUUUACCUGAUGAACUCUGUAGUUACAUACUGUCCAAGCUUCCUACAGUUGAUGCUAUGAAGACCAGCUUCUUAUCAAAGAGAUGGGAAUAUAUGUGGAUCACAGUGACCAACUUAGAGUUUGAUUUUGUGAGACAUUUUGUUCAGGAGCUUGAACUCUGUAUUCCUAAAACGACAUUGGAUAAGUUACCGGAUUUGCUCUUCACUUCUAAAUCAUUGAAAGUUUUGAAGCUAGAUGAUAAUGUUAUUUGGGAGCUAAUAUCAAGUUGCCCAAAACUAGAGAACUUGUGCAUUAACAACUGCUCAAUGUAUCACAUGAAGAUCCUGAAUAUUUGUUCUAGUGAGCUGCAGAAUUUGUCUCUAAUUGGUUGUGACAUUUUCCCUUCAUGUGAGGUCAAUAUCUCAGCUUCGAAGCUCAAGUCAUUCCGGUACAACUGCCCAGUGGUUCGCAAAUUUUCGCUUGAGCACUUGUGCACCUUGACCAAAGCAGACAUUGAUAUCCAGGGAUCACUAUAUUUUGUGAAAAGCAACAAAGAACAUGCCAAGAGAGCCAUUAAAAUUAUUGGUAGACUUAAUAACGUUAGAACCCUCACUUUAUCUUCCAAGUGCAUUGAGUUCCUGGCUACUGCACUAGACUUGCUGGAAAGCUUCUCUUGCAACUUAAAUAAUGUGAGGCAUUUAGAUGUUACAUUCUGGUGCCACAAGAGCUACAUCAAAGUGCUGAGUUCUUUGCUCAUGUGUUGCUCUGCAAUCGAAACCCUUUCUGUAGGCAUUGACAUGACACCUGCAGGAUCAAUUGAUGUACACUUUAAGAAUGUAGUGACAACAGUACCAAUGUGCCCACUGUUCAAUCUGAAGACUCUGAUUCUGAGGAACUUUGUAGGUGUUAACAAGCUUGAUCUGGUGAAGUCUCUAGUCAAGAAUGCAAAGGUGUUAGAGAAGAUCGUCACUAUUUCUGCAGAAGGAGUCGCCAAGGAAAGAACCAUAGAAUGGAUCAAAAGACGUGCACAAUAA